UAUAAUUAUAAAGGGUAAAUCAACCGGAUCAAAAGGAAAAAAGACGUGUUCGAGGAAGUCAUUGAAAAUGGAGCCAAACUCCGCACCGUACGCUAUUCAAUCGGGAAUCUCUGAAGACGUUGCGGCGGUAGCAAGAAGGGAUGCUUUGGUGGCUUAUGAAAGUGCAACGCCUUCACAAGAGCCACUUCAGUUUCUAGAACAUAACAAAAGCAGUAGAGCUGCAUCUAACACCUUCCUAAAGGUACCAGAAAGGUCGGAGCUGGCAAGACUGCUUCAGGUGCAAGAAUCCGAGAUUUUGAAACGAUUCCGAGGUUCCGAACUCUGCGUUUGCAACAAGCUUGGGGCGGAGAGACAGCAAAAAUCAUUGAGAACGGAUUGGAUAUAUAGCAUUCUAGCCCUAGAGAAUUUAUCUUACUCCAACGGGUUACCCGCUCUCGGAAAAGAGCGUCGAAAGUUCGAACUCAAAGCCGGCGAAGCAUUACAUUUCAGAGGGGAUCUGCAGCAGUCCUGGAGCGGAAAAGGUGGAGGAGUACUAUUGUGGUUCUAUUGGAGUGCAUUGCCUUGACUCCGAGAACAAAUCUGGAAGUUCGGGGAAUAAAGGUGGGAUAUCAGCAGACAUAGGGUAUUCGUUGAGUAUCUGCCUAUUCUGCGGCGAAACUGGUGGAUAUGCAAACAGGAUGUCAUUGAGGUUUUGAAACAGUGUCCCUGGGUUUAUAUUAGCUUUGCAAUGUACGCAUUGGCGGAGUUUAUCAUAG